CUACAGUCAAUUUUUAAUCGAGUUAUAAUGUGGUGGUAAACGUAGUAAAUAUGCUAGAAGUGCUAGAAAGUGGUAGAACACGUAGUCAGUACAUUCAAUAGUUCUUGCUAAAUGUUGCGAAUGAUUUUUUAAUGAAAACUGGAAGCAAGAACGAUGACGUUGAAGAGGACAGUAAUGCUGAUGAUUUUGGGUAGUGUUGUGUCAAUGGCAAGUACAACCCGUGUCCUGGAGUUAAGUGACAGAUUUCUUGAUAUUAGGAAAGAUGGACAGUGGCUUGUUAUGUUUUAUGCCCCUUGGUGUGCCCACUGCAAACGCUUGGAACCAAUAUGGUCUCAUGUGGCACAGGCCCUCCACAACACCAACAUUCGUGUGGGUCGAGUUGAUUGCACCAGAUUUACCAAUGUUGCUACAGAGUUUGGAGUGUCAGGCUUUCCAACAAUAUUAUUCUUGAAUGGGGAAAUUCAGUACACAUUCAAAGGAGACAGGACAAAGGAAGAAAUAGUGAACUUUGCCCUGCGAGUGUCGGGGCCUCCAGUAAAGCAGAUCACUCGAACAGAGAGCCUUGAGAAUCUGAAGGCAUCCAACCCGUUAUUCUUUGUUUAUGUAGGUGACCACGCAGGUUUGCUAUGGGAGUCUUACUCCGAUGUGGCUGAAAAAUUUCAGCCUCAUGGAUUUUUCUAUUCUGUCUCUCCUGAAAUUGCAAGAAAGCAUCUCACAGUAACAUCAAUUCCAUCUGUGUUUGUGUACAAAGAAAACACACAAUACAUAUUUCCAGCAGAACCAGUUAAUGAAGAUUUGGAGAUGGGGCACUUGAAUGCCUCCAUGUUUGGCUGGAUAAACGUUGAGAGAUUUGCAACAUUCCCGAAGGUAACACGAGGGAGCAUUAAUCAGCUAUUGCAGACAAAAAAAUACCUUGUUUUAGCUGUAGUGGAAGAGAAUAAGCUACUGGAGAUCCCCACUGAAAUGCUCGUGUUUCGAGAUAUGAUCGAGUCUGUCAUUAUAAAGAACAGAGAAAAGUUGCACAAAUGGUUCCAGUUUGGCUGGGUGGGGAGCCCAGAACUGGCCAAUUCCAUUGCAAUGUCAGUGUUACCACUUCCAUAUUUGCUGGUAGUAAACUCAACAACCAAUCAUCACCACAUCCCAGAGGAUGACCCAAGUCAGCUCACGCCAGAAGCCGUGACCAUCUUUUUGGAGCAGGUUUACAACCAUUCUGCUCCAAGCUAUGGUGGUAACACACUGCCUGUGAAACUUUACCGAACUUACUUUGAGGCCCGCACAUCGCUCUCUGAUAUGUGGCAUGGGAAUCCUGUGCUGACAGCUGUUCUUUUCGGUUUACCGCUUGGAUUCCUCACCCUGAUCUGUUAUUCUAUUUGCUGUUCUGACAUUAUGGAUGCUGAUGAUGAUGAUGAAGAAGAUAUGACACAUGAGAAGAAGGAAUGAAGUGUGACUACAGUGUUGACAUAUAUCAGUUCUAACACCAAAGCAAAAAUCAGAAUUUGGAGGCCAGGCUAUUGUAGGCAUCAGAUGCAGUUGCUGGUUUGACAACGAUGUGCCAUACCGAACAAGAUUAUAAUAUCAAAGGGGUUAGCGAUUAAUUAAUUAUAAGUUCAUAUAAGUUGAAGCUGCUAUCACUUUCAUCUAAAGGUAUGCUAAUUUAAACCUCUAAUGCAGGCAUCUUAUUUGCUUAAUUCAGUUCUGUUCAAUAUUAGGAAUGGAAGGCAAAGGGAAUUUGAACACAGUGAACACUUGACAUGUUUUCAAAGAAGUAACGGCACCAUUUAUGAGUCUCUAAAAAUUAGGGUACUGGGUGCCACCUAAACGUUAAAAGUCAGAAGUUCACCAACAGAUGGCGUAAGUUUAUUAUAAUAGUGAUAUCUAUAUAAACAGGUAUUUAUAUGAUCCUAUUUAUUAUUACUGAAAAAGAAAGAUGUAAAAUUUUGUGAUUUUUAAACUAUAACACAUGCCAUUUAAUUAUCAUUCAGUAUUUAAAAAUGUAAUAACCAUCAAAAUACAGAAUGUUGUACAAUGUUUUUAUCCAUAUACUUUCUUUUCUGCAUUGCUAUUGUGUGACAAAUCAAUCCUGUAAUUUUAUGUUGCAUUUCUGGACAGGAAUUGGUGCCUGUUUUUGUAAGUGACAGUUUCUUGAACUGCUACAGUUUAUAACAUAUGAGUAAAGACUAAAUUCCAUCAAGUGCAGCAAUUGUUAAUAGGAAUAAAACCUUUACAUGUUUACACUGGUAUUGACCAUCAUCAGAAGGCAACCAACACUUCAAAGAAAAUACUUGACAAGUAUGACAUGCUUAUGUUGUCUUAAAAGGGUUUAAUUUACAUUGAUAUAUUUAAAACAAGUUGUGUUAAAAACCAAACAGUAUCUGUUCAGUUAUUUUAAAAUUUUGCUGUUUGAUUACAUGGACCCCAGUGACUUCUGUAUAUCUUUUCUGGUGGUAUGUAAAUGUCUUGUAUGGUGAGCCAUGUGUACGGUGUUUUAUGUGUUUUCCAGUGGGGUCAUGGUGCUGUAUGCUGAAACAUGUAAAGGUUUUACUCAUUAAAAAUUGUUGCACUUGAUGGAACUUACUCUUUAUUGGUAAAUUAGUGCCUGAUUUAUUAUAGAUUCUAAUUUCUCAUAUGACCAUGUCAGUACAUCCUUUCUUGAUCUCAUCUCAGAUUGCAUUUGUCUUUUUUUUUAUGCUGUCCAUGCCCAGUUUUCUUGAGUACAUUAUGCAAGGUAGGGGACACGUGGUAGCAUAGUUGGUUGAGGGGCUAUGCUACAAGCCGGAAGAUCGCAGGUUCAAGUCCUGA